UCUCUCACACACACACACACACACACACACACACACACACACACACGCACACGCACACAUGCAUAUGCACACCCACACAAAGUGAGGUGUUCACUGGUUUGGAGUUCACUGGUUUAGCAGCAGGACAAACAGGACUAGAAACUGGAAGUACAUUUCUGGCUCCUCACACAAGAAAUCUUAACUUUAGAAACAAUAUGGAUUACUCAGACAACGCGACGUAUGACUAUGACGAGCAUAACAACAGCUACUACAACUACAAUGACUACGAAACCAUUUGUGAAAAAGAGGACGUUCGAUCCUUUGCUAGAGUCUUCCUACCAGUUGUGUAUGGGUUAUCUCUAGUAGUGGGACUAACAGGAAAUGCUCUGGUACUGGCUGUGUAUGCGUAUUCCAACCGCUUGAGGACGCUGAUGGACACAUUUGUGGUGCACCUGGCCGUGGCCGACCUCCUACUCCUUCUGACCCUACCUUUCUGGGCUGCUUCUGCCGUUCAGGGCUGGGAGCUAGGAGAGGUUCUCUGCAAGAUUGUCACGGCCUUAUACACCAUCAACUUCACAUGCAGCAUGUUACUCCUGGCCUGCAUCAGUCUGGACCGCUAUCUUUCACUAUUCCCACAACUCAAAGAGCUUUUCCUGGGCCGCAUCUUUAAGAGGAACUGCUCCGCCAAGCUCUGCCUGGUAGUGUGGACAGUUAGUUGCUUUCUAGGAAUCCCUGAUUUGGUGCUCUCGAAGGUUAAAGAGCUUCCUGGUAGGAAGGUCUGCAUGCCCGUGUACCCUUCAAGCAUGGCCAUCCAGGCAAAGGUGAGCAUGGAGGUGAUCGAGGUGCUGCUGAGUUUCUUGGUGCCGUUACUGAUGAUUCUGUAUUGCUAUUUCCAUGUGGUACGGAAGUUAUUGGAGCUUCCACCGGAGAACAGAGGGAAAAAGUGGACAACAAUUCGUGUGUUGCUGGCAGUGGUUGGAGUUUUUGUGCUUACACAGUUGCCCUACAAUGUUGUGAAGUUCUGCCGAGUCCUGGAUGUGAUUCACGCACUAAUAAAGCACUGUGAGACGAGCAAAGCACUGGACCACGCAACCCAGAUAACUGAGAGUCUGGCUUUGAGCCAUUGUUGCCUGAACCCUGUGCUUUACGUCUUUAUCGGCUCAUCGUUUAGAAUUCGCGUGCUAAGGUUUGCCAAAGCCUUUGGCCAGAGGAGGAGACUGGCACAAAGGAGAGAGGAGCAUGGUGUAGAGAUCUCCUUUAAUUCACACUCACAAUCUCCAAACACAAGCACCUUCUCCAUAUGAGUAUAUUUAAAGCUAUGUAGUAGAGGAUAUAUGCAAUAUGAAGUUCAUCUCUGUGUAUCUAUCUGUAUUCUGUAUUCAACCGCCUAACCAUGUCCAGAUAUAUCUUCAUAUCAAUCUCCAGUCAGAGUUUUAUUCCUGCAGUGUGAAAAGGACCAGAAAAACAGGCUGAGCGAACCAGAAAGAUAUUGAAGUUGUUUUCUCUUUAACCGUAAUGCCCUUUGUACUCAAGCAAAAGCUGAAUGUAAGAGACACCCAAGCUCCAACAGACAGAGAUUUGCUUUGACAAUAUGUGCAAAAUCAAUUUUCUUUUUUUCAAUUCUCUCUCUCUCUAAGUAAAUAAUUCUGAAGUAAAAAAUCUUAAAUGAACUGAACCAGAACUGAACAAGACCUCAUAUUGCUCACCACCCAGCCAGGGUUGUGAGGGGACACAACACUGAACAUACAAAACACAUUACAGACAUAUGCUACACAUUUUGAAGAUUUUCAACUCUUCUCCUUCUUCGAUAUUUAAUAUCUUCUUCUGACAACAUGGAGUUCACUCUCUGAACUAUAAGUAAGGUAAAACACUGGGUGGGGGUGCUUGCUGAGGGCAGUGCAGAGUGCCUCCCUGACAGAGCACCCAUGCCAAUCUGGGAACCAUCAGUCUCAGGGAACAAAAAAAAAAAAAAGACUGUUUGUCCCUGCUUGGCAUGUUCUUUCUCCCUUUCCCCUUUAAAAAAUAAAUCAAUAAAAAUACUUGGUGGGUAAAACUUGGCUCAUACUGACACUCAAUCCAUCAGGUAGGUAUUCGACUUGACUAUUUGACUUAUUUAAUAUUCCUAACAUGUUUACAGAUACAUCUUCUAAAUAAAUGGUGUACAUAGACGGGUUUGGGUCAUGUUUUAUAGAAAAAAAUGCCACAGUGCUUCUCAGUGACCACCGUUAUUUACACAGUGGCCAGCCUUUCAUUGGAUUACUGUGCCUUCUUCUCAUGCUUAUAUAAAUAAACUAUACAAGCAAAUGUUGUAUCGUUUCUAACUGUUGUCUAGUUUACCUCCCCUACCCCUAAAAAAGGUUCAUGUAUCAUAAAAAAACCAAAAAAAAAAAACAUCAUUAUCAAAAUUCAUACUUGGGUUUCUAUUUGGUUAUAGGUGUAAUACAAGAGCAUUAUCUUUCCUCCUUCUGUUACUGAAGAACAAUGCACAAAUAACCAGUGAUAUAUUUGGUUGACAUCUGAAUUUCAUUGAGUUAGGUUGUGGACAAGCAGGGACAUAUUAAUGACUUGACACAAUUCCCUGGGAAUUGGGAACGCCUAGACUGGUUUGGAGCCUCUGUUAGGGGAAAAGGAAGUCCUUAAAGAUACAUUUUAUGACAUUGUUUUAUUUGAAUUCCUUUGUAAAAAAUUUUGUUUAAAUAAAUAAAUAAUAAAAACUUGUAUUUGAAACAUG